CGCGCGCGCGCGCGCGGCGGGGCUAGCGCGAGGGGGACUCGCUUCUCCCCGCCGGGCCACCCGGCUCCGCGGCCAUGAGCGGGGCCGCUCGGCGCUCCCAGGCCUUCCGGCUGCCGGGGCGACACGGCUACGCGGUGGAGUUCUCGCCCUACCUGCCCGGGCGCCUGGCCUGCGCCGCCGCGCAGUACUACGGCAUCGCCGGUUGUGGAACUUUGGCAGUGCUGGAACAAAAUGAAGCUGGGAUUUGUCUUUUCAGGAGUUUUGACUGGAAUGAUGGCCUGUUUGAUGUGACGUGGAGUGAGAACAAUGAACACGUGCUGGUGACUUCUAGUGGGGAUGGAUCUCUGCAGAUCUGGGACACUGCUAACCCCACAGGUCCACUGCAAGUCUAUAAAGAGCACACUCAGGAGGUUUACAGUGUUGACUGGAGCCAAACUAGAGGAGAACAGGUAGUGGUGUCUGGUUCAUGGGAUCAAACUGCCAAACUGUGGGACCCAACUGUGGGGCGGUCAUUAUGCACUUUUAAAGGCCACGAAGGCAUCAUUUACAGCACUAUAUGGUCUCCGCACAUCCCAGGCUGUUUUGCAUCUGCCUCAGGUGAUCAGACUUUAAGAAUUUGGGAUGUGAAGACACCAGGAGUCAAAGUAGUGAUUCCAGGCCACCAGGCUGAGAUCUUGAGCUGUGACUGGUGCAAAUAUGACGAGAAUUUGCUGGUAACUGGCGCAGUUGACUGUAGUUUGAAAGGUUGGGAUCUGAGGAAUGUCCGGCAGCCAGUAUUCAACCUCGUUGGCCAUACCUAUGCUGUAAGGAGAGUAAAAUUUUCACCAUUUCAUGCAACUUUAUUGGCCUCCUGCUCCUAUGAUUUUACUGUGAGAUUCUGGGAUUUUUCCAAGCCUAACCCCUUGCUGGAGACUGUGGAGCAUCAUACAGAGUUUACGUGUGGACUAGAUUUAAGCCUUCACAACCAUGGUCAGGUGGCAGAUUGUGCGUGGGAUGAAUUAGUGAAGAUCUAUACCCCAUCAUGUCUGGCAGCUCCUGUGUAGAGAACCCCACUUUGCUCAGUGAAGAAAGAGAGCUGACUUGGCGGGAAGCUUUCUCUGCUCCCAAGAAACUAAACUCGUACUAGAUGUGUUGAUUAUGUGGUUUUAAUCCUCAUGUCUCUUUUUAAAUACGAUUUGUAGUUUUAACUGAAGAUGUUAUGCAUUUGAAGAUACAUUUUCAGUGCAGCAUGUGGGGACCCAUAUUAAGGAUGGUUCAACUGUACACACAGUGCUUAAGGCAGCAAAAUAAUGCCUGGGUGAUCAAAGGCUGGCAGGGGCAGACAUUUUGCUGGGGGCAGUGCCAGCCAGGUUUGUCUUUGGGGAGUUACAUGGGUAAACGUCUUGACAGUAGGAGAUGUGAAUCAGAUUUCCUAAUCCUGAUAAAGAAUAAAGACAAAUGGCAAUUUA